CCAAGACGUUGGGUCUUUUUUGCAGAAGAUAAAAGAGACUGAAAAGUGCCUUUUUCUCCGACCGAUUUUAGCGUUUUAUCUUGGUAUCUGCAGACUCCGUGCCCUUCUCCUUCUGAUGAGCAGUUGUUAGCGUCUUUUAGGGGGGAAAAAGUGGCCAAAAUCAUAAUUAUUUCGAGUGCAAAGACAGGACAAAACGCCACUGUACUAGCAACAACGGCUAUCUGAUUCGGUGAAGCCCUUCUCUUCUCACCUGAAGACGAUAGGGCAGUAGUCUAGUCUGGAGAUGAAGCAGGAUCCGUUGACCAAGGGGAGUAACACCGUUACACCUCGUCCAGGAAGGAGAGACUCUAUAGGGGCAACGACGCUAGCCAGCACCCCUUCCUCCACCUCCUCCAUCUCUUCCUCAUCCUCUUCGCGAGAAGAAAGGAGAAAGGUGGAGGAGGAGGAGUAUAUUUGUCGAGAGGAGGAAGAGGGGGAGAUGGUCAGCGUUUCCAUAGUGACCAUAGCGGAGGAGUCCUGCCCUUCGGAACCGUUUGGAACUGUGGGCGGUCACGUGGAGGUAGCAGCCAAUGAGAGCGCAGUGAGGGAUGGAGACGGCCAAUCAAAAACUUCCCAGAGCACCCAGACUGAAGAAGAGGAGGGUGAGGAAGAGGGAAGGAACCAGGUGUUUGUCUCGGACAGCCUGACCCCCGGAACACCUUCAGCACUCCUCAACAUCAAGAUAAAGAGGAAGUUGGACCAUGGACCAGACGUCAGGCCGUUCCCUUCAGGCAAGAAACACUGCAAAGGAUCCGACUACCACAGUCCGUCCAGUCUCGUUCCAUUCCAGACCACGCCCACUACCUUUGGGGACCUGCGAGCAGCCAAUGGGCAUUCAGCUCAGCGGAGACGUGUCACCUCAGGCCCGCCCCCCUCCGGCCUACAGGACUGGCUGCACACCUUCCAGGCGUGGAGUGGUCCUGAGCGUCUAUUGGCUCUGGAUGACUUGAUUGACAGCUGUGAGUCCAAUCAGGUGAAGCACAUGAUGCAGGUUAUUGAGCCUCAGUUCCAACGAGACUUCAUCUCCCUGCUGCCCAAAGAGUUGGCCUUGUAUGUCCUGACGUUUCUGGAGCCCAGAGAUCUGAUGCAUGCUGCCCAGACCUGCUCCUACUGGAGGAUACUGGCCGAGGAUAACCUGCUGUGGAGGGAGAAGUGUAGGGAGCAGGGUAUAGAAGAACCCCUGGUUGUGAAGAGGAGGGAGACUCUGAAACCUGGGUUUCUCCACUCACCCUGGAAGAGUGCCUACGUACAACAACACCACAUAGAGAGCAACUGGAGGACUGGAGAUAUCACCUCACCUAAGGUGCUGAAGGGUCAUGAUGAUCAUGUGAUCACUUGUCUGCAGUUCUGUGGUGACCUCAUAGUCAGUGGAUCUGAUGACAACACUCUGAAAGUCUGGUCUGCCCUGACCAGCAAGUGUCUGCGUACGUUAGUUGGCCAUACAGGAGGGGUGUGGUCCAGUCAGAUGAGUGGUAACAUGGUGAUCAGCGGGUCGACAGACAGGACUCUGAAGGUUUGGGACGCGGAGAGUGGAGAGUGUGUUUACACCCUGUACGGACACACCUCUACCGUACGCUGCAUACACCUGCAUGACAAACAGGUGGUGAGCGGUAGCCGUGAUGCUACGUUGCGUCUGUGGGACGUAGAGUCUGGCGAGUGUCUCCACGUCCUAACGGGUCAUGUGGCGGCGGUGCGGUGUGUCCAGUACGACGGGCGCAGGGUGGUCAGCGGUGGAUACGACUUCAUGGUCAAAGUCUGGGACCCUGAGACAGAGACCUGUCUACACACACUACAGGGACACACCAACAGAGUCUAUUCACUACAGUUUGACGGUGUCUACGUGGUCAGUGGAUCUCUGGACACCUCCAUCAGAGUAUGGGACAUCGAGACGGGGGGGUGUGUCCACACGCUGACCGGCCACCAAUCACUGACCAGUGGUAUGGAACUAAAGAAUAACAUCCUGGUCUCUGGCAACGCGGACUCUACUGUCAGGGUGUGGGAUAUACGGACUGGACAGUGUCUCCACACACUACAAGGUCCCCAUAAGCACCAGUCGGCAGUAACCUGUCUCCAGUUCUCUCGCUCCCUGGUGGUCUCGUCAUCAGAUGACGGUACAGUGAAGCUGUGGAGCCUGGCGACGGGGGAGUGGCUCAGAGACCUGGUGGCUCUGCAGAGUGGAGGAUCCGGGGGAGUGGUCUGGAGGAUCAGGGUGUCUAACACUAGACUGGUAGCAGCCGUUGGCAGCAGGAACGGGACAGAGGAGACUAAACUCAUGGUGCUGGACUUUGACCUCACUGACAACCACAAGUGAUGUCAUCAGGAGAGGAUGCGAUGUCAUUCGAUAAGGAUGUGAGGUAAUCAAAGAGGGACCCAAUAUCUUCAUAUGGGAACUGAAAACUUGUGAUGAUGAGGAAAGGGGGUGAGGAGGAGGAAUUAUGACAGAGGACAAUGUAAGAAUCCCCCAAUGGAAGGACUGAGUGCCAUCUGGAGAUGACUCCAAAAUGUCCCCCCUUCCUUAUCCUCACCACAACCCUGGGUCACCAAACCCCCAUCUUUUCUUUCUGACCUAAAACACUGCUACGCUGAUACUGACCAGUGAAGAGAUGGUACACAAGAUCAACUCUCUGUGACUGGAAGAAACCACGAGAGGACUCACUGGCCAACCGACUGACCCGUCUGGCUGUGGCUGACCAGCUAACCGACCGUCCGGCUGACCGACCGGCUGACCGACCGGCCGACAACCCAAAGGCCUAAACUGAGUGUGACUUCUGUAACUCCACCCAGACUACUGCAGGAUGUAUAGACUGUAUAUGAGGCCGAUUACAGAUCUAGAGAGACAGCCAACCCCAUCUGAUCAGCAUGAUGGUCUGAAGUGACUACAGGUCUGAGACCAGAUCUGUUCGGUCUUCAGCCAAACCCCAUCUGAUCAGCAUGAUGGUCUGAAGUGACUAAAGGGACUGAGACAGUCUAUUGGACUGGAGAGACACUGGACUCUAUGGAUGUGUCCCAAAGGGCACCCUAUUCCCUAUAUAGUGCACUACUUUAGACCAGAGAAUGGCACCCUAUUCCCUAUAUAGUGC